AUGAAUAGAGGAAAUUCACGAAGGAGGAAACUCGGGAUUUGGUAUAUUUUACCUCAUUGUUCGCAUUUAAAUGUUCUCGAUAAUUAUGUAUCAUUAUACCAUGCUUUUCUCGUAAAUGACCAGAUCCUAAUAAAUUCUUUAAAUUCUGAGACUGAAUCCUCGACGACCACCUCUUUAUUUAAUAAUCGCAAAAACGUAAAAACAAUCUGGGAAACAGUAUCAUCGGUGAUGGGGCUAACCAAAGUCACACCGCAUAUUUUUUUUCGCAAAGAGCCUGAUAAUAAUUAUAUAGCCUACUGUAUAUUAUGUGAAAAAAACUCUCAUAGUCGAAAAGGAGGCUCAACUUCGAAUAUAUCAAGUUCUAAAGAUGGAACAGGAGAAGACGAACGAGAAAGUGCCAUUGCACAUUAUUACGAAGUCAUAUUCCUCGCAUUGUAUUUUAUAUUAAGUAAAAAACAAGUAACUUUAUUUGUCGUAUAA